GAGAUCGUGAGGCGGGAGUGACUGCCUUCGGCGCUGUGCAGGGGAAGGCUGCGGGACCCGUCCAUUCCGGCACCAUGAACGUGUUCGAUCGGAAGAUCAACUUUGAUGCGCUCUUGAAGUUUUCCCACAUCUCCCCGUCCACCCAGCAGCACCUGAAGAAGGUCUAUGCCAGCUUCGCCCUGUGCAUGUUUGUGGCGGCCGCCGGGGCCUACGUCCAUGUGGUCACCCGCUUCGUCCAGGCCGGCCUGCUCUCGGGCCUGGGCUCCCUGGGGCUGAUGCUGUGGCUUCUGGCAACGCCCCACAGCCGGGAGACGGAGCACAAGAGACUGAGCAUCCUGGCCGCGUUCGCCUUCCUCACAGGAGUCGGCCUGGGCCCGGCACUGGACCUGUGCAUCGCCAUCAAUCCCAGCAUCAUCCCCACAGCCUUCGUGGGCACCGCGGUGGUCUUCAGCUGCUUCUCCCUGAGCGCGCUCUACGCCCAGCGACGCAGCUACCUCUUCCUGGGAGGAAUCUUGAUGUCGGCCAUGAGCCUGAUGGUCCUCUCCUCGCUGGGCAACCUGUUCCUCGGUUCCAUGUGGCUCUUCCAGGUUAACCUGUAUGUGGGGCUCGUGGUCAUGUGUGGCUUUGUCCUGUUCGAUACUCAACUCAUCAUUGAGAAAGCCGAGAACGGCGACAAGGAUUACAUCUGGCACUGCGUCGACCUCUUCCUGGAUUUCAUCACCCUCUUCAGGAAACUCAUGAUGAUCCUAGCCAUGAACGAGAAGGACAAGAAGAAGGAGAAGAAGUGAAAAGCCGGCCUGCUGGCCCCGCCCCCCGCCCCGACCACCCACCCCCACCCCUUCCAUUUCCUCUUUGCACACAUUACAGGUGGCUUGUUCUGUCGUAAUGAAAAAGCAUCAGAAAAGCUUUUGUACUUGUGGUUUUCUCUGUUUUCAAGGAUUUUCUUUGUUCUGGGGUUUUUUGUUUUGUUUUUUAAUCAGAAAACUGAUUAGCAGAAUCCCGGCUGGCGUUUGGCUUCCAGUUCCCUCAGCCUCUUCCCUUCCGAGCCAGCCCCCAGCCCUAGCCCCCAGCCCUAGCCCCAGCCCAGGCUCUGACUCUGACCCUGUCGGUGGCCUAAGGGCCCGGGGAGAGGAGCCGUCCGCUUCCUGGCUCUGCCUCUCUCCUCCCCCGACCAGCCCCCUUCCCGUGACCACAGCCGUCGUUGAGGGCAGGCCCCCGGACCAGCGGACCCCGCAAGGCCCCCGCUGCCCCUCACCAGAGCAGGAUGCCGGGGGCUCUGACGGAGGCCAAAUCCUACCCCAAAAUCCAACCCCGGCUCGGUCAGCGGCCGGCCUUACCAGCCGGCCAGAGCCCUGGGGGUGGGGGGCCUCUGCACUGCCCAACACGUGCUCUCUCUUCUCGGCCCCCUCCUCUCCCCUCCGGCCCCGGGAUCAGAGGUCACGACAGCGCAGCCAAACUCUACUCCCCGUGUAUGCUUUUUGCUUUUGGCAGAAAGGAGAUUUUUCUGUAGCAACAGUGCCAAGAAUGACCAGAUAUCCCAAUCUACUUGGAAAAAGAAACGCCUAACAGGUUUUUAAUAGUCAUCGCCGUGAUUUAUCACUCUCUCUUCUAGUUCCUUGGUUUCUCAGCCCAGGCUGCUUUCUAUAACUCAUACUGUGAAGACAAAGGUGUUUUUGAUUCAGAAAUAUAUGGAAUCAACAUAGUCUUAAUUUGUAAAAAAUAAAAAGAAAAAUCCUUACCGUUC